AACGAUGCUUGUGAUAGACGGCGGAGUGGAGAAUCGUACGCUUAUCUCGGAUAAGGACGGAAUUACACAUCAUGGGAAACUUCAGAGCAACUUUGCCGUCAGUGUGUCCUUUAGAAGACUCAUGACUACUUGCCCAUGAGACAUGACAUCAUGGUUUAGCGACCCUCUCUUCUGGUUUGUGACGACGGCACUUGUAUUCCAAUGCCCGACCGAAGUCUCCUGCCCCGCCCGGGGGUCUCAUCAGUGCAUCUCUGACCAGGUUCAGCCCCAGACGAUCGGCAAGAGCACCCUGGUCAACUACGAGAGUGGGAGGGACAAGCGCUCGGCCGCCCCUAACCUAUUUCAACCAAUCAGAAUCACCGCCAGCGUUAUCAACCCGGAAGGCGUCGUCGACACGUCAGACACGGAGAGGUUACAGACCAUCGUUGAAGGAGCCGUAUCAAUCAUUCGCAAAGUUCUCAGAGUUGUGCCAGUGUCGGGCCCCUUGUUAAUGGCACGCUCAGACGAGGCUUGCUUGGUAACGUUCACCUCGGGUACCAACAUCGGAAAAUGUGCUCAGAUAUCCCGUGGCUAUGUUGGAGAAAAAUGCUUAGAUGAUUUUCUGAUACCAGAUGAGCACCUGCAGGGCUUAUGGACAUGGAACUCCACCUACCCGCACCCUGUACACCAGAUCUAUCCAGAUGGGGCAGGACUUGUCGACACUGAUACCGCGCUGUAUGUCAAGGCAGAGCACACUGCUCAGUGCUCAUCGGGACAAACUGUGGCCUAUGCAUCCUAUUGCAAGCUGGAUCAGAAUAAUCGUCCAAUAGCCGGCGUCAUCAACUUUUGCCCUGAGCACCUUAAAGACGACCUGUAUGACAAACCAAAAUUUAUUCUGCUGGCUGUCCAUGAAAUCUUUCAUGUUCUGGGUUUCUCCUCGUCUUUGUUCAACAAAUUCAAGGAAUGUUCUGAAUCAGCCGAUGGUCUGACUUGUAUUGAUCGAUGUACAACGACUGGAUCCGACUCACAGGGUAUGCGUCGACUCAUCACUCCUGCCGUCACUGCACAUGCUCAGAAGCACUUUGAUUGUCCUGAGUCUGGAUUCGGUGGCCCACUUGAGAAUCAGGGAGGCAAUGAUGGCAUCUCGUCCCACUGGGAGACCAGGAUGAUGUAUGGCUCCAUCAUGGCUCCUAUCAUCGAUCAGCCUCACCAGACAUUCCUAGACAACUUGACACUGGCUGUGUUUGAAGAUUCAGGCUGGUACCGAGUCAAUUAUGAGUAUGCAGAGGAGCUCACGUGGGGCAAGAACCAAGGCUGCGAGUUUGGGAGGGAGUCUAGGUGCCAGACCACAGCAGAUAGGUUCUUCUGCAAUGACAGUUCUUCUGGUUGCCACUAUCUUCAUCGAGAUAAGGCAACUUGCUCCAGCAAUGAUUACCUGGAUGAAUGCAGAGUCAUGAAGGCCAAUAACCAGGAUCAUUGCUCAGUGCCAGAAGAUGGAUCGUCUUCUGUCAAUGGUGAAGUCUUCCACAAUAACAGCAGAUGCUUUGUCAGCAAUGUUGUCAACAUAGAGAGUAUGGUGGAUCCGUGUGAUUUAGGCGGCGUCUGCUAUCUUACACGGUGCAACAACCAGUCGACCUCCUAUGAGGUGAAAGUAGGACAGGCAGACUGGCUAUCCUGUCCCAACAACACAGCCAUCACGAUCCCAGGCUACCAUGGAACGGUGCAUUGUCCCGCAACUGAGAUCAUCUGUCAACAGGAGACCUCAAUUCUUGACCUAGUGGAUGCAGAAUGUCAGUCCUGCUCCACCACUGCACCACCAACAUCACUUGAACAAAAAUCCACCCCCGCACAACCAGUUGAACAUACCCUGUGUGUGAGCCUGGAGUUUGGGGAGAUGGACUACUCCAUUGUGGAUGGGGAGGAGCAGAUGCUGGUCUUCAGUCAGGCUGUUGUCAAAGGCAUCUGUGAUGUCGCUGACAUACGCAAGAGUCGUAUCCAUAUACAAGAUGUUGCUCCAGGAAGCGCAUCACUGGAGAGAGAAGACUUGGUAUGCGUGACCUUUGACAUCGCUGAGGCAGGAGAGAGCAAUGACACGCCCGCCCAUGUGGCCUACUCGGAUCUAGAAGCAGCGGUCCUGUCCAACCAGAUGCAAAUACAGUACUUGAACAUGAACUACACUGCUGUCAGCAUACGAAUCAUCAGCAUUGAGGUGCCCACGUCCACUCAGCCUCAGACCACGACGACGGUGAGAAUCAGCGAAGGUGACCUGUCCACCUGGAUCGCCCUAGGGGCAUGUAUUUUCAUAUUCGUCGUGGUGAUUGUCCUUGGGUGUGCCUGUCACAGGGCCAAGCGCAACAAUGCCAUCGGCCCUUCCAAUGAUGAAUCUGUGGAGUCGGUGGCAGGGGAGCGUUUAGCAGGCAUGGCCUACGUAGUCCGAGAAAAGACUGUCACCAAGUUAUGAUGCAUCGAGGCUGAUGCCAUGUUAAGAGUGGCUCCACGUUAACACACCAAGUCCAAAGUCAUGAUCAGUAUUCAGAGCAAUUAUGUAAAACCCUUUAAAGGGGUUGUGGAACGCUGAAAGUCGUUUUGUUUUUUAUAUUUUUUUAUUGUAGAGUAGACCCAUAUAUAUCAUAAUGACAA